AUGGCGAGCUUCGACGACGACUUCCAGACGGCGCUGGCGACAGAGUCCUGGUGUUUAUACAGCAUCGGCAUCUCGAUCAUCUUCUUCCGGAUGUACGCGCGCACGUCGCGCAUCGGCUUCAAGAAGCUCCAAGCAGACGACUACGUGAUGGUCCUGGCAGCGGCUUGGUACACGCUGCUCGUGGGCAGCGUGAAUGCCGUCGCGGCUGCUGGCGCGACAAAUCUUCUUCGCCCCGGGGACCGCGUUGUCGAGUUCGCGGCUGACGAGGUUGCUACCCGUGUCGAGGGCGCGAAGAUGGUCGUGCUUAUGGAGCAGGCACAGCUGCACACCCUCGUACUACUCAGACUCUGCCUCCUGCUCCACUACACGCGGCUGAUGCCCCCCGCCCCACCACCACCGACACCCCUGGCCCCAGCGCCGCAAAAACCGCACCCGCGCUCGCGCCUCCUGCACAGCCUCACGCGCGCUCUCGCCGCAUACACGCUCGUCGGCUACCUCGCGAUGCAGCUGGCCUUCUUCUGCGCCUGCAUCCCUUUCGCCGCCAACUGGGCCCUGCCGGUCCCCCACCUGCAGUGCGCGACCCGCUCGGCCUUUGCCGGCACGCUGGCGGCGUUCGAACUCUCGGCUGACGGCGCGACUUUGGCGCUUGGGUUGCUGGUGCUGGGGAUGGUGGGGCGUGGGGGAGGAGCGGGCUUGGCGGGGUUGUUGGGCUGGGGGGCAGCGGGGCUGUUCGUCAGCCUCGCCCUCCUCCUCUCCCCGCUCCUCACCCUCGCCUCCCCAGCCACAAACGCCGCCCCCGCCCUCCUCUGGCUCCCCCGCGGCGCCUCCUACGCCGCCAUCCUCCUCAACCUGCCCCUCCUCUGGCCGCUGCUGCGCGAAUGGUUCCCUUGCCUGCGCACGCGCGGCGUGCCUGGCUCGGGCUGCGCCGACGACGGCUCCAGUGGCGGCGUGUACAGCCGCAACGUCUACAGCAGCCGGGGCGUGUAUGGCGGGGGUGUGUACGGCCGCAAGGACGGAUACGGUAAAGGUGGGUACAACGGCAGGGUAAGCGGCGUCUGGGACGGCACGCGCUACAGCAGCGUCGGCUUCAACGGCAGCUGGGAGCGGCGCGUAUACGGUGGAGGCGGGAGGCGGGGGCGCAGACUGCGCAGCCGAGACGACAUGCGCGCGGAUGGCGGGGCCGGUGCGUCGCUAGAGGGGAUUGAGGAGGUGGAUGUUGAGAUGGGGGAUUUGGAGGAUGUCAAGGACGUGGACGAUGUCAAAGGCGGGUUGGAUGCGUGCGCGCGUGUCGUGCUUGUUGAGGGCGGGUUGGGUAGGGGUGGCGACGCGAAAGUCGAUCUGGUUCUUGACGCGGAAGUCGAGGACGUGGACGUCGCACACCACCAUCACCACCAGCACGAAGCAGACGAGCCCAACGCCCCCACGCCCACGCCUACCGGCGGCAUCAGGCGCGACGUCGUCAUUGUCGUUGAGACGGCGACGACGUCGCGGACGCGUGCACGCUCGCGCUCAGGCGCCGUAGGUGACGAGGACGAGGACGAGGACGAGGACGGCGACGGCGACGGCGACGAAGACGAGGACGCGGGCUGGGUCAGGCGCGUCUGGGUUACUGGUGGUGGUGGUGGGUCUGCGUCUUAG